AUGGAUGCAUUACGGUUUCUAAAUGAUGAUAAUAAGGGUGGUGAUGGCACUUUCUUUCCAACAGAUUUGGGACCAAGCCCACCUGGUGUAGGACAUCCUAUUAAGGGUGGUGAUGGCACUUUCUUUCCAACAGAUUCGGGACCAAGCCCACCUGGUGUAGGACAUCCUAUUAAGGGUGGUGAUGAUUCGAGACCUAGCCCACCUGGUGUAGGACAUCCUAAUAAGGGUGGUGAUGACACUUUCUAUCCAACAGAUUCGGGACCAAGCCCACCUGGUGGAGGACAUCCUAAUAAGGGUGGUGAUGGCACUUUCUUUCCAACAGAUUCGGGACCUAGCCCACCUGGUGUAGGACAUCCUAAUAAGCGUGGUGAUGCCACUUUCUUUCCAACAGAUUCGGGACCUAGCCCACCUGGUGUAGGACAUCCUAAUAAAGGUGUUGAUGACACUUUGUUUCCAACAGAUUCGGGACCAAGCCCACCUGGUGUAGGACAUCCUAAUAAGGGUGGUGAUGGCACUUUCGUUCCAACAGAUUCAGGACCAAGCCCACCUGGGGUAGGACAUCCUAAUAAGGGUGGUGAUGGCACUUUCUUUCCAACAGAUUCGGGACCUAGCCCACCAGGUGUAGGACAUCCUAAUAAGGGUGGUGAUGCCACUUUCUUUCCAACAGAUUCGGGACCUAGCCCACCUGGUGUAGGACAUCCUAAUAAAGGUGUUGAUGACACUUUGUUUCCAACAGAUUCGGGACCAAGCCCACCUGGUGUAGGACAUCCUAAUAAGGGUGGUGAUGGCACUUUCUUUCCAACAGAUUCAGGACCAAGCCCACCUGGUGUAGGACAUCCUAAUAAGGGUGAUUCGGGACCUAGCCCACCUGGUGUAGGACAUCCUAAUAAGGGUGGUGAUGACAUUAUCUUUCCAACAGAUUCGGGACCUAGCCCACCUGGUGUAGGACAUCCUAAAAAAGGUGGUGAUGACACUUUCUUUCCAACAGAUUCGGGACCAAGCCCACCUGGUGUAGGGCAUCCUAAUAAGGGUAGUGAUGGCACUUUCUUUCCAACAGACUCGGGACCUAGCCCACCUGGGGUAGGACAUCCUAAUAAGGGUGGUGAUGAUUCGGGACCUAGCCCACCUGGUGUAGGACAUCCUAAUAAGGGUGUUGAUGGCACUUUCUUUCCAACAGAUUCGGGACCUAGCCCACCUGGUGUAGGACAUCCCAGGACUACAUAUUUUUAUAUGAAUUAA